AUGAGUUUCACAAUGGACGCCGACGCAGAGGCUGAAGCCCUGACCGCAAAAAUUAUCUCAAUGGUAUGCCUGUUCGGGAUAUCCAUGAUAACUGGCUGCUUGCCGUUGCUUAUAUCCCUAAAGUGGGACUGGUUCAAGACGGGAGACGCCAACCUACGUAACUCCAAUCAGCUGGUAAUGGGUUUACUGGCAUUCGGAGGGGGAAUCCUGUUCGCGACCACCUUCAUGCACUUGUUGCCCGAAGUUGAUGAAAACAUUGAACAUCUGCAAGAUGAAGGUGAACUUGGUGAGUUUCCAUUGUUCCUCGCCGGGCUGAUCAUGUGCGCCGGCUUCUUUAUGAUCUACUUAGUCGAAGAGUUGGUGCAUCUGUACAUCAACAGCCGAGAAAACAAGAAACGAAAUAACUCCUUCGCCAAGCCUUUCAAAAUGAGGAAGAGUUCGUUGACCUCUGGCAGGUCAAUUGAAGCGGCUACUGCUGCUGCAGAACUAAGUCAGAUGGAGGCUAAUGGAAAGAAAGGCGAGGAGAACCACUUGCCUCUGCAAGACCAUGACUCUGUGGCGGGAGCACUUAGAGGUCUGCUCAUUGUGCUGGCUCUGUCCAUUCAUGAACUGUUCGAGGGUCUCGCUGUUGGUUUGGAGUCUUCUGUAGCCAACGUGUGGUACAUGUUUGCUGCAGUAUCUGCCCACAAGUACAUAAUCGCGUUCUGCAUCGGUGUGGAGCUGCUGGCGUCAGGCACGAAGCGAUGGCUGUCAGUGGUCUACAUCUUCACCUUCUCCUUCAUGUCAGCUCUUGGUAUUGGUAUUGGAAUCCUGCUGGUCGGCGGCUCGGGCGCUGAUGCCGGCGUCUAUUCCGUUGUGUUACAGGGUCUGGCGUGUGGUACCCUGGUGUACGUGGUGUUCUUCGAGGUAUGGAAGGGCUGCAACGGUCUCCUGCAGUUCUCUUGCGCUCUCUUCGGGUUCGCUGUGAUGGUCUGUCUGGAGCUCAUCGUCGAGCUUUGUAAGUUGAGAUAA